AAGAUUGAAGCGUGGGUUCGACAAACACCUCGACAGACCCAACUGCUAGUGGAGAUUCUGUCAUGCCAGCACGGCGUCCAAACUGGAGCUCGUUCCAGGCGGACGGGCUCCUAGCGGAGGUCGCUCCGCUCAAGUCGAUCCUCCAGGUGAAAAUCGGAAAUGGAAUCACGAUCGUGGCGCAUUGCUUGGGCACCUUCGUUGCUCUAGUGUGGAAUCACUCGGGAUCCGGCAUGAACCUGAGUCCGCACCAGGACCUUUCCCGAAGGCGCGUAGAGGAAAAAAGCCAAAAUCUCAAGGACGAGGAGAACUUCCGGCGUGCCAGCUCGGAACUGAGUCUAAAAUAGGACGCGGAAAUCAACUAGAUCGCCGGUACAAGCACGCUGGAAUGAUAUCAGCAUCACCUCUAUCCAAAUGGCCCCGCCGCCGACGUCACUCGCCCACUCUGUUGCACAAAACGCCAAACGCUGACAUCAACCGUGCAUCAACGAGUGCACUGUGGAAACGCCUCCUCCUCCUUCGAAAGCAACUUGUCAACGGCAACGACGGCGCCCAGCAGUACCCAGAUGCACCACGGACAUCGAGGCCAGAUCGGACAAAUCGCUUCGUUCGAAUCGUCACCACUUUUGAUUCUGUUUUGAGAUGAACAAAUAAAUAAAAUUUAAAUGAACUCUUCUUCUUCUUAUUUCUAUCGAAAUUUCGAGCAGCAACGGUCAAUUCAAAAAGGUAAAUAUUGAAGUGGCUGCGUUCUGCGUGCUUUUGGCGGGGUAUGCGUUACUGCGUUACGUUUGCGAUAUCGGAAAUAAUCGUUUGCGAUAUUGGAAGCAAUGUUUCCUGCUGACGGGUGGAAACCGAGAUUUGCGAUUUUUAGAGCAAAUCGAAAGCAAAGUUUCCGAUUCCGCAAACCGGAUUUUGU